AUGUUCUCAAUUUAAAAUAAAUAUACAAUUAAUAAAAUAACUAAUAACAACAUGCAAAAGGAAUCAUUUAAAAAACAAUAUUCUAAAGAGCAAAGGCUUAAGGAGAGUGAGAAUAUUCUCAAACAUUAUCAAGAUAGAGUCCCUAUCAUCAUUGAAAAAGACAAAAAUUCACGACUUCCAGAUUUAGAUGUUUAGAAAUAUCUCUUCCUUUCAAAUUUUCGAGUAUUUCAAUUAAAUACUUUAAUACGAAGCAAAUUAAAUCUUAACAAGGCUGAAGCAGUUUAUUUGUUUGUGAAUAAUAAAGUUGCUCUGAGGGGAGGUACAAUUCACAUAAAGGAGGUUUAUGACAAGUAUUAGGAUGAUGACAAAUUCCUCUAUAUAUAAUAUUGUGAAUACAAUACAUUUGGGCUUUGAAUUGAGAAUUUACAUUUAUGGAAUAUAUAUCGAUUUAUAAUUUCUAAAUUAGUUUUUCU